GUUUAUGUUUUUAAAUAUAACGCUUUAAUAUAUAAAUAAGAGUUGCAUUCAGAUACGGAUAUUCUUCUCCUCCCAACUAAAGUGUUAUUGCGGAUAUUCAGCUGAAGAACACAGGAGACUCAAACAGAUCAACUUAAGAUGGAGGUAUCCGGAAAGAAGAAGAACCCUAACCUUGACACAACCGUCUACUGUCAGCCGUGCGGAAAACGCACCGUGGCUGAGGGCUUCUGUCAAACAUGUGAAGAGUACAUGUGUACUCCAUGUAUCGAGUCCCAUACUAAGUUCCGCAUGUCUAGGAACCACAUUAUGUCGUCCAAAGAUGAGAUGCCCGCCUUCAACUCGUCCACCAAGCAGUUAGACAUCGGCGAUACUGAAUAUUGUAAAUACCAUCCAAGGGAGAUGAUCAAGUUUUACUGCCCGACCCACGAUGACCUAGGCUGCAGUGACUGCAUCGUUCUAGACCAUCGCAACUGUGUAGUAGACUACAUUAAUGAUGUGUCUAAAUCUUUUGUCGACGGUAGAGAAUUUGAAUGGCUGACACAAUAUAGAAAUCAAUUUGAAUGUAUACUUACUGAGUCUAUUUUCCAUGUCAAAGAGAUAUAUGACAAAGUCCAAAUCCAAUCCAAAAAUGAAAUCAACAACCUGGGAAAGAUCCGGGCGAAGGUCAUCGAUUACCUGGACCGCCGCGAGAAGGAGUUACUGGACAACAUUAAAGAAGUGAAGACCGAGGAUGAAAGCUUGCUGGCUGCACUGAAGACUGAAUUUGUGUCGACUAAAGCCAGGUUGGAGGCCAUGAGGACGAAGAUGACUUCCGAGGAUUUGUCGGUGAACCAGCGGUACGUGGCGACGAGAAGAGCUAAGAAGGAGCUACGUGAGACCGAAGGCAAGCUGGAGAAAAUGGCCGGGCGGCUGAAGGCACGCAAGAUUUGGUUCAGUAUGGAUACGGCCACGUGGCAGCUGCUCGAAUCAAGCACUGGACUUGGAAGACUGAACGUAUCGGGAGAGUUUCGUAGGGAAAUUCCAGCCCAUGUUCCUGACCUCUCUACAAUGGCAUGGAAGAAGGAGGCGGACAUCGAAGUCAGCACGUUACCAAGCGAGAAUUUAUACGGCGAGAAUUUCUGCAGUAUCACCGGCUCUGCCCUGAUGUCUCCCGGUCUCAUUCUUAUAGCUCAUAAUGGCAACCAAAGUGUCAAACUUUUAGACGUCACCGCUAACUCCAUCAGGUCUCGUCUGCAGCUCCCAGGCCAGCCCUGGGACGUAUGUGUGCUCCCCGAUAACAAAGCCGCUGUCACCAUCCCAGAGAAGGCUAUAGUUCAGCUGCUGAAAAAGAGUACAAAAGGAGGGAAAUUGGUAUUAGAUAGAAAAAUCGAAGUUUCUGACGGUUGUCGCGGUAUUGCAUUCUACGACAAUCAUCUAUAUAUCUCCUUCAUUCGCUACGCACGUAUUGAAGUAAUGACAAUUAGUGGUAGUAUUGCAAAAACAAUUCGAACAUAUAUGGGACAAACAUCGUUCCAGACUCCAAACUACCUGACUGUGUCAGCCUUCACACAACCGACCCUAUACGUAUCUGAUUACAAUUCAAAUACCGUGCUGCAGCUGUCCAUGGACAUGAAGGUCCUGCGGGAAUACCAGAACGAGCAGCUCAAAGGUCCUAUGUCCGUGGUAGCUGUUGGGUCGGGACAGUUGUUCGUAUGUGGCGGGGACAGCAACAACGUUAUGUUGCUGACAGAGAGGGACGGUAAUAUGGUGGAAAUACUGGGAGAGAAGGAUGGACUUAUGAAACCCUCUCUAGUAACAAGAUUGCUCAGUUAUGUUAUCGGACCACAAGGGCUCUACACCGCGACCUUUUGUCCUCGCACACGUCACAUACUUAUCGGCAAAGGAUAUUCUAACACAUUAAAAGUAUUCAAAUAGUGAAGCUGCCUAAUAUUUGAUGUUAACUUACAUUGAAAGUACAUUUUAUUUGACCAUUUUUGUUCUGAAAACAAAAAUAUAAUAUGUUAAAUAUUCUUAUCCGUAAAAGAGGAAUGUGGUCAAAUUUCGUUUUAAAUGAAAUAAAAAAACACUUAUUUAUAAGACUUUGUUUAAAGACCAGUUUCUUCUAAAGGUGUAUACAAACAAUUUUUGCCAUUCGUUUGAUUGUAUGUUGAAACUGGUUGAUGAUGCGGGUAAUAAUGUGGUUGAUGAUGCGGUUGAUGAGAGGGAGUAGAAAGAGGAGAUCGACGACGACGACUUCGAUGAUGAUGAUGAUGAUGAUGAUGAUGAUUCGAUGAUGAUGAUGAUGAUGAUGAUGAUGAUGAUGAUGAUGAUGUUGAUGAUAUUGAUGAUAUUGAUGAUGAUGAUGAUGAUGAUAAUAUUGUUGUUGAUGAUGAUGAUGAUGAUGGUUAUGAUGAUGAUGGUAUUGAUUAUGAUGAUGAUGAUGAUGAUGAUCAUGUGGCCAUGAAAACAUUUCUGAACUAUAUGGCAUGGACAAAAUAUGUGAAAAAUGUAAUUUUCUAGUUAACCCCGCGUUGGAUAAACACAUCAUGUCAAAUGUGAAAAAUUGAAAUUGGAUCGUAUUCACAAGUGAUUAGAAAUUGUGAUAUGGAAAAAUAUGGCCCAUAAAAGUUUGUACAUCCCAUUAUGUAUUUGUGUUUUAUUUGAAAGUAUGAUAUUGCUAAAAAAAAUCAUAAACAACUUUAUUACAGUUCUAGUGGCGUUGUACGCGCUAGAUUUUGAUAAUAUUUUUCGAUUAAUUGCAUGUCUGUUGAUGCGAUAAAUGCCCUUUUUUUAUCAAACUGGUGGUUAAAACUGUCAAAAAGGUCAAGAUAAGUCAUUUGGAUAUACAUUUCGAUAUGUUUACAUAAGUAAAAUAUACUUGGACUCGGACUACAUGAAUUAAAAAUAUUUAAAACUAACUCAAGAUGCUUCAAUAAUCGAGUAAAAGAGUCCGGAUGUACUUUUAACCUUCUUUUCAAUACAAUACAAUUUGUUUAUUCCGCCCAUUGUAUUCAUGCUAAUAAUUGA